AAAUAGGCCACCAGUUUGUAAUGAGGAACCUACCUCUCCUUUGAAUGGCUGCUUUUUGAAUUUAACAAGAACAUCUUGGCAAGAUUAGAAGAGGACAACCAGCAGCAAAACAGAUGGACUCAGUUGCAGUGAUGAUGAGUGCACCAUUGGAAGAUCCGGAAUAUCAGGCUACCAUGGAAGAAGAAUAUGUACAAGGACAAUUCAGGAAGUUGCAAGCACAACGUAUGAUCAUGCAGAAGAAAACAUUCACCAAUUGGUUGAAUAAUGUUUUCUACAAACACAGCGCAAACAUUAAGAUUCGAGAUCUCUACACUGAACUGAAAGAUGGUAUUUAUCUCCUGCGUAUUUUGGAGCUACUGUCUUCUGAACAACUUCCCAGGCCAAACAAAGGCAAGAUGAGGGUUCAUUUUUUGGAGAACAAUAGCAAAGCCAUUCAAUUCCUCAAAUCUAAGCAGGUACAGGUGAAGCUAAUUGGGCCAGAAAAUAUAGUAGAUGGAGACCAGACCCUCAUCCUUGGAUUAAUGUGGAUAAUUAUCCUCAGAUUUCAAAUUUCAAUGAUCAGUCUUGAUAAGGAUGAAUUUGGGUCUAGAGUUGAUGCUCUGUCUUCCAAUGAAGCUCUAUUAGUUUGGUGUCAGUAUAAGACAGCCAGCUAUUCUAACGUCAAUGUGAAAGACUUUUCCAAAAGCUGGAAUGAUGGGCUAGCUUUCAAUGCCCUCCUUCAUGCUCACAGGCCUGAUCUUAUACAAUACAGCUCCCUGCGGCAUGACCAGCCCAUAAUUAAUCUAAAUAAUGCCUUCACUGUGGCGGAGAAGCACCUGGGAAUCUUAAAGUUGUUGGAUGCUGAAGAUGUGGCGGUGCCAUUUCCAGAUGAGAGAUCCAUCAUGACCUAUGUGUCAUUCUACUACCAUUACUUUUCCAGGCAGAAGCAAGGUCAAACAGUCCAGAAGAGGCUUGCUAAAAUCAUGUUCUGCCUGAAGGAGACAGAUGACUUGAAAUUCCAGUAUGAACACAUGAUCUUUGAACUCUUAAAAUGGAUAAAGCUCAAAGUGACAGAACUGGAUGACCAUUCUUUCCCCAAUUCUCUGGAGAAAAUGUGCUUCGUCAUGAAUAACUUUAAGAUCUUCCGCACUGUGGAAAAACCACCCAAAUACCGCGAGAAGGGAAUCAUUGAAGCCAAUUUCUUCUACAUACGGAUCAAACAGCAAGUCAACAAUCAGCGUGCUUAUCUGCCCCCUGAAGGAAGAACUUUAAGAGAUCUGGAAAAAAAAUGGAUUGCUUUGGAGAAAGCAGAGGACAGUCGAGGAAAAGCAAUACAGCAGGAGCUGUUAAGACUUGAGAGAAUUGAGCAACAGGUCCAGAUGUUUCUGAAGAAAGCAGCCAUUCGUGAGGCCUAUUUGAGGAACAUGAGAGAGAUAAUCCAAAAGCAGGGUGAUUGGCAACCUGACAAUAUAGAACAACUUCAGGCAGACACUAGGAAACUAGAGGCGAUUGAAGCAGAUAUGCUUCCCCAAGACCAACGCUUCAAAGCCUUGUCUACAAUGGCUGCUGAAAUCAUGCAGGAGAACUAUCAGGACAAUGACUUGAUUGCCAAUAAGCAAAUGGACAUCAUUCAGCAAUGGCAAGAUCUCUGGGACCAUCUCAAAAGACAAAAACAUGCUAUGGGAAAGAUGCAGGAAGUGCUAGUCCUUUUGAGGAACAUUGAUACCAUUAUGGAAGAACUUAAAGGAGUGCAGAUAUUAGUAAGCUCUAAGGAUUGUGGCAAAGAGCUCUUUGAAGCAGUGGAAUUUUUGCAAAAGCACAAAUUAGUUGUCUCCCAAAUCUCUUCUCUUGAGGAAAGCAUCAUGUGCAUUGCUGAAAAAACAGAAGAUAUAAUAAAAAGGAAAGCAGCCAAAUCAGAUAUGCUUCAAGUCAAAUAUCAGAUGCUUUGUCAACUACAUCAGAAUCUUCAGGAUUCCUGCCAAACACGGCAACUUCAGCUGGAAGGGGCUUUGAAGCUUUUUGAAUUUUUUCAUGAGUGCAAAGAAGAAAAGCAAUGGUUGUCUGACAAAUGGAAAUUAGUGAAGAUGGGUACCUUAGAGGAUGAUCUCACUCAUAUUUCAGCCUCUCUCCAAAGUCAUAAGUCUCUCCAAGUUGAGUGUGACUCCCAUCGAGCAAUUUGUUCUAAAAUAAUUUGCAAGGGCCGGGAGUUAAGGCAGAACAAUCCUUCAAACCGAGAGAUUCAGAAGAAGUUGGAAGACAUCCAGCAAUUAUGGCAACAGCUCCAAAAUGAGAUGACUAAUUGUAAGAUUCGCUUGGAUACAGCUGCUCUCAUUCAACAGUACUUUGCAGAUAUUAAUGAGGUUGACUCCUGGCUCCAGGAAAAACACACUCUCUUAGCCAGCAAAGAUUAUGGAAAAGAUGAAUCCAGUGCAGAAGCUUUGUUACAUCGUCAUCUUCGUUUGGAAAAGGAACUUGCUGCUUAUUUUACAGAAAUAAGUCACUUGGAGGAACAGGCCCAUUCUGUGGCACAGCGGGUGAUGCCAUCUGUACCAGCAGCAAAUUCAGAAAUCAACAACCAGAGAGUAGCUAAAAUGCCAUCAAAUCAUUAUCUUUCACAGACUCUUGUCAAACCUACUACAUUCAUUGGACAACUUGACUCUGAUUCACACAUUAUUAUGGAAAACACAUGGAAAAUGCAGAAGAAUGUUGUUUUGCUGUAUGAAAAACUGCAAACCAUGGCUGAGCAUAGGAAAAAAGAGUUACAAGAAAGAAUCCAACUGUAUCAAUAUUACAACUCCUGUGAAGAGUUUCAGUCCUGGAUAGAUGACAAGGAUAAAAUUUUCCAGACCAUUCAACCCAAAGCCGACAAUGUGGAAGCUAUGCAGCAAAAAUUCCAGAGUUUUUUAAUAGAAUUGGCUGUUGGGAAAAAACAGCUGGAUGAAAUCAAUUCCUCAUCAGAUAUGUUUUCUAAGAGGUGUCCUGGAAAACAGAAGGCGAUCCAAAGUCGUAAGCAAGAGAUAAACAAGAGGUGGGAAUGUCUGGAAACAUUAAAAGAAGAAAAAGGCUCAGAACUGAUUGGGGUUACCGAUGUGAAGACAUUUCUUCAGGAUUGCCAAGACACUCAAGAACUGUUACAAGACAAGAUGGCCAGCCUUGAGAAUUUGGGGCAAGGGAGCAAGCCAGCUGUCUUGCAAGGGCAGGCACACAAACUUUCGGCCUGCGAAAGAGAAAUCUUAGUUCUGGAGAGAAAAAUUGAAUACCAAAAGAGGGCAGCCAAUUUAAUCAAGGAUACCAAUCCUGCAGAAAGUCAUAUCAUAAAAGAACAUGGAGAAUACAUGGAGAAUCUAUUAUUAAUGUUAAAGUUAAAGGCAGAGGAGAAGAAAGUGGCUUUGCAGAUAGCAAGGGAUCAUCAAGCUUUUCUGCAAGAGAGCCACAGACUCCUCUUGUGGAUUGAUGAUAUGAAGGAGAAACUGACAAGGGAAGAGAUGUGUAUAGAUGUGGUCUCUGCAGAACAGCUCUUGAAAGAACACCAGGACUUGCUGAAAGAGAUACACAGCCAGAAUCACAGAUUUAAACAGCUGCAAGAAUUAGGUCAGAAGGUUGGAGCUCCUGAUGUUGGUGAAUAUAUAGACAGAGUUGCCCAAAGAAGGAAUGAGCUGGAUGAGUUGUGGACAGAACGACAGAAGAAGCUACAGGAAAAUAUAGAAUUGCAGAAAUUCAUCAAAGAAGUUGAUUCAAUCCUUGCUGCUAUCUCCAGUCAUGAGGCCUUUCUUCAGACUGAUAAUCUUGGGGAUCACGUGGAUUCAACUCAGAGUCUCCUGAAGCGACAUGAGGAUUUUGAACAAGUGCUGCUGGUGUUGAAACGUCGAGCAAAUGCAGCCAAUGGCCAAGGAGAGCAGCUAAUAGAAAGGGGUCAUUUUGCUUGUGACAGGAUUAAGAAAACAAUGGUUACCUUAUGUGAAAGAUGGAAAUUGAUCAUAAAUAAAUAUGAGCAGAGAAAAAGGAGGCUAUUAGAUUCUCUUCUACUACAGGAGUUCAUUCGUGACACUGCCGAGCUCUUGGUAUGGAUGGAAGAAAAAUACAAGAUAGCAUCAGAUGAGUCUUAUCGUGACCCAACAAAUAUCUUACGGAAGCUGAAAAGGCAUGAGGCUGCGGAACAAGAAAUGAUGGCCAAUAAGAAGCAUUUUAUGGGGCUGAUGACGACUGGAAAUCAACUAAUACAAAAUGACCACUAUGCUGCAGAUUCCAUUCAGGACAAAAUGUCAGAAAUAAAGAAGAAAUGGGAGAAGCUCUACAGCAAGAUGAUAGAAUGUGGAGAUAAACUGAGGCAGGCUGGCCAGCAGGAACAACUGAUGGAGCUUCUUGAGGAUGCUGACGAAAAGAUAGAGAAGAUAGAGAGGAUGCUUCGAAAUGCAGAAUUGGGUCAUAAUUUGCGUUCCAGUCGCAAUUUACUCAAGGAGCAUAGACAGCUAGAAAACGAAAUGCAGGGACUGGCUGAGAAAAUGAAUUCCAUUGUGUCUCACGCCAAGAGUGUAGCUACUCAUCACUUCAAUAGAGAGAGGAUUCUUGAUGAGACCCAGAGUUAUCUGGAAAGAUUUGAUUCCCUCCAAAAACCUCUUGCGGAGAGGGGGCAUCUAUUGGAGGCAAGUGUGGAGCUGUUUCAGUUCUACCAUUACCACGACAUGGAAAUGAAAUGGAUUAAUGAGCGAAUGUCUAUUGCCAAUUCCACAAUCCAAGGAAAAUCUUUAAAUGGGGCUCAAAGCUUGCUACAGAAGCAGAGGGAAUUACAGAUUGAAGUGAAAGCCCACAAACAGCAAAUCUCCAGGGUUCUAGAAAAGGGGAAUGCUGUGGCAGAAGAUAUGUGCAAGCCUUCUAGGAGAAUCAAAGAAAAGUGCCAGGAACUGAGCAAAAACUGGACAGAACUGGAAGAAGCAUGUGAUAAAAAAAUAAAGCAACUGCAGCAGUCAGUUGUUUACUAUCAGUUCUUAAUGGAUACUGGGGACCUGGAGAAUUGGGUGGCAGAGAAGCUUUCACUGGUCACCAACAAAGAUUGUGGUAAUGAUGAAGCCUCAACUCUUAACCAUAUAACAAAACAUAAGGCUCUAGAACAUGAAAUUGACAUUUAUCAGAACUUAGUCAUGGAACUAGAGGAAACUGCCAAAACUCUACCACUUUCAGACUCCAUCCACUAUGAUGAAGUUGAUAUGCCUCAAAGGCAGGUCCACAUAAAGCUUCAAGAAUUACAAACAUUGGCCAAAGCAAGGGGUAAAAGGUUGGAGGAGACACUUGAACUACAUGAUUUCCUGAGAGAAUGUGAAGAUCUUGAGGGCUGGAUCAAUGAGCAGAAGCAGGUAGCCAGUUCUGAAGACUAUGGAGCUGAUUAUGACCAUGUUCUUGUUCUUUGUGUCAAAUAUGAUAAAUCUCAGCAUCAAAUGGAAAUUGUUGCCCAGAGAGUUGCAGCGUGUGAUCAGUUAGCGCAGAAAAUGUUGGAUCAUGGCCAUUUUGAAUCCAGGGAGAUUCGGAACAAGCAGAAACAGUUGAGGAACAACUGGCAGGAGCUGCUGGAGAUGACAAACUACAAAGGCAAACAGUUACAAGAUGCUGAAGCAAUUUACAAGUGCCUACAGGACUUGACGGAAGCUCUCAGCCACAUUGAGGACAAACUGAAGACCAUCCCAGAUUCCACUACUAAAGAUCUGAGUGGGGUGAAGGCACAGCUACAUAAGCAAGCAACUCUUGAGCAUGAAUUAUUUGGGAAUGAGCAGCAGCUGCAUGUUUUGAUUGAUACUGCAGAUGGCGUGCUCUGCCUGUGCUCUGAGAGGCAGGCGGAGGCGAUCAAGGCAAAGCAACAGGCCUUAGUGGAGAAUUGGGAAAUCUUGCGAUGUAAAGUGGAACAAAACAGGGAGCAGCUGGAACGUGCUUACAGAUUAUACCGCUUCCAAACCUACGUAUGGGACUAUUCUUCCUGGGCAUCUGAGAUGAUAAGAACAAUGGCAGCUGAGGAGACCAUUCGAGAUGCAUCUACCAGCGGUCUGAAGAUUAAUCAGCAUCAGCAGCUAUUGCCAGAGAUUGAGUCUCGCGAUGAGAUUUACGAGCGAGUAUCACAGCUGGGACAAGAGCUCGCACUGGAACAGAAAAUGGCAACAGAAGAGAUCCAAAGUGUAUUAAAAACUCUGAUAGAAGCAAAGCGCAGAGUGUACCAGGUAUGGGCACAAAAGAAGGAAUGGCUAGAGAAGACCCAUCUUUUGCAGAUAUUUUACCGAGACUGUGAAUACCUGGACAACAUUUCAAACUCCCAAGAGAUGUAUUUGAAAAGCUGUGAUUUUGGAAGCAGUGUGGAUGAAGUGAUACAGCAGAUCAAGAAACAUGAGGCUUUCGAGAAGAUUCUAGCCUCCCAGGAAGAAAAGGAACUAUCUCUUCAGGAGCAAAUGGAAAAAUUGCAACCAGGCAGUGAGUUGGAAGUAAGACAGAUUCAACAGAGGUUCAGUGUGGUGUUAAAGAAAAGAAGAUGCAUCAGAGACCUUUCUCAAAGUAGGCAAGAAAAAUUGCAGGUAGAACUCCUGCUGGCUGUAUUCUACCAGGGUCUAACUGAGGCAGAGAGUUGGAUUGCUGAACGCAUGCAAAAGAUAAAGGCUCCUUCUUUUCAAAACUUCAGCAAGUCAUGUGACAAAAUGAAGCUUCUUCAGAAGCAUCAAGUCUUUGAGGCUGAGAUUCUGGCUCAUAAGGAUAUAAUUGCAAGUGUUAAUAUGAGAGGAGAAGCUCUACUACACCAUAAUAUUCCCCAGUCGGAAGAGAUCCGCCAAAAGAUGUCCUUGCUCCAAGAACAAUGGGAAAAGUUGGAUCAGGCUGUUGCUGCUCAUGGAAAGAUGCUUGAGGAGAGCAGGGAUUUUCUUGAAUUUCUACAAAAAGUUGACCAUGCAGAGGCUUGGAUCAGAGACAAGGUAGUCAUGGUUAAUAUUGGUGAUGUGGGGAAUGACUAUGAACAUUGCCUUCAGCUUUUGAAAAAAUUAAACGAAUUCCGAGGAAUGUCAGAGGGGGUAACAGUAGAUGAUGCACACAUCAGAGACAUCAAUGCUCUCGCUCUGCGAUUGAAGAGGCAGAAUGAGGAAGAGAUGAAAAUAAUACGCCAACGCCAAGAACAGCUGAAUGAAAGGUGGAACAGUUUCUAUGGUGAUCUUAAAACAUAUAAGAGGAAGUUGGAAGAAGCCUUGCAGAUCCAUGCCUUGAUUAGAGAAAUUGAUGACAUCACAGAGAGAAUUGGUGAAAAGAGUUCACUGAUACAAGCCUUGGAUUAUGGAAAAGAUGUUGAAAGUGUAGAAAAUCUACUUCGGAAGCAGGAUGAAAUAGAGAGAGAAAUUGGCAUUAUUCAGUCCAAGAUGGAGUCACUGGAACCAGAACUAUGUCAAAUUGAAAGGAAUCCAUCUACUAUAAGUAACAAACUGACUACAAAGCAAAAGGAAAUGGGAAACCAUUGGUUACAACUCCAGAAUGAGACCAAACAAAGGGGUGAGAAGCUGAUUGCUUCUUACCAGUUACAGAAGUUUAACUCUGAACUGAAGGAAUUGCUUGAUUGGAUUCAGGAGGUCAAAGGUCAAAUGGAACUUGGGGAUGUUCCUAAAAAUUUAGCUGAAGCAGAAAGUCUGAUAGAGGAGCAUCAAGAAGUAAAGGCAGAGAUUGAAGCUCGAGGGGAAAGACUUGGUGCUCUCAGCAACUACGGUCAGAAACUUGGCAGUUCUGGCCAUUAUGCAGCUCCUGAGAUCCAUCAUUCCCUCAUCAAGUUACAACAAGCAUUAAAUGAAAUGAUCCAGACCUAUGAAGAACAAAGUCUAAAAUUACUUCAAGCCAGAGACUUACAGAUAUUCUUUGGUUAUGUGGAAGAGAGUGAAAGUUGGCUAAGCAGCAAAGAGGCCUUUCUAACAAACAAAGACUUGGGGGAUUCAGUAUCCAGUGUGGAGAGUCUGCAGCAAAAUCACAUGCAGUUUGAAAAAGACUUGAAGGCCCACCUGAAGAAGAUUGAUAAGAUAACUUUCUUUGCCCAAAAGCUGAAGGACAGUCAGCAUUAUGAUUCUGAGAAUAUAAUGACUAAGUGCCAGGCUGUGUUGAGAAGGAAGGAAAAACUUUUGGAAAUCACUUUAAUUCGGAGGCGUCUGCUGGAGGAGUCCUGGCUAUUACAAAAAUUUCUGCACAAUUCUUUUGAGAUAGCUGCCUGGAUGAACGAAAAAAACAGUAUUGCCCUUGAUGAGAGCUGGAGAGAUCCUAGCAAUCUUCAGGCUAAACUACAAAAGCACCAGACUUUCCAGGCAGAGAUUGUGGCUAACAAAAAUCAUCUUAACAGAAUCAAAACAGAAGGAGAGAAAAUGUUCCACGAAAGGCAUUAUGCUUCUGAUGUCCUCCAGUCUAGACUCCAAGAAAUAGAUGAGCUUUGGGAUGAGUUGCUGGAAAACUGCGAGGAAAAGAAAAGAAAAAUUCUGGAUGCUUACAAGGCUCUGCAAUUUCUACAUCUCGUGGAUGAGGCUGAUAAAUGGUUGGAAGACCUAGAUGGCGAAAUGAAUUCACCAGAAAGCAGUGAUAAUCUACUGAUUCUGAAUGAUCUCCUAAAGAAACAGGAAGAACUGGAAGCCAGCUUUGUUGCCCACAGGGACCAUUUCCAAAGUCUGAUCAACAGAGUGCAAGAAUUUCAGCAGGAGAAACAUUUUCUGGCAGAUGAGAUAGAGAUAAGGGUGGAUCAGGUGGUACACAGAUAUAAAAGUUUUAGGGAGCCACUCCAGGAAAGGCGGCAGCAUUUGGAAGCCAACAAAUUGCUGUACCAGUUCCUCCAGGAUGUCAAUGAAGAAUUGACCUGGAUUCAUGACAAACUCCCUCUGGCAUCUUCCAGAGACUAUGGCCAGUCUUUGGCAACUGUUCAGAGCUUACAGGAAAAGCACCAGAAUUUAGAGAAUGAGAUUAACAGCCAUGAUGCCUUGACUAAAGCAGUGAUCAGUUCUGGGCAGAAGCUGGCGAAGGAAAAACAGGUUGCUUCCCAGACAAUCAUGGAACAAGUAAAGAAACUGACAAUUUGCUUUGAAAAUCUGAAGGAUGAAACUCAGGAAAGAAGAUGGAGGCUUGUAGAAUCUCAUAAAGCCCAGCACUUUUUCAGUGAGCUUUUGGAAGUGGAAUCCUGGAUGGCAGAAAAAGGAUUUCUACUAGAAACUCCAGAUUAUGGGAGAAAUGAAGAAUCAACUCAAGCACUGUUACGUAAAAUGGAAGCUACAAAGCUUGAUCUGGAGGGAUUUAAAUCCCGAAUUGAGAAGCUGAAGGAAACAGGAGACUAUUUCUUGAACAGUAAUAACCCAGAGAGUUCAACUAUCCUGCCCAAACUCCAGACUGUUUUAGAACAAUACUUGUGUCUCCAGGAUAGAGCAGAGAGACAAAUAAAAGCUUUGCAGGAACAAUCUCAGCUGCAUCACUUUGAAAGGGAAAUCCAACUGGUGGAUGCUUGGCUAUUGAGCAAACAGACUAUGGCUGAAUCAGAUAACUAUGGUCAGGAUUUGGAGAAUGUGGAGGUGCUAGAAAAGAAAUUUGAAGAUUUUAUGAAAGAGGUAGAAUCCCUAGGCCAUAAAAAAGUUCUCCUGAUAAACAAUCUAGCAUCUCAUCUUAGAACUGUGUGUCACAAUCAAAUAAGUCACAUCCAGAAGAAGACCCAGGAUAUCCAUGACAGAUGGGAGAGAUUGCAGCAAGCUGUCCAAACAAGAGCAGAGAAUCUCAGAGCAGCUCAUCAAGUUCAUCAAUAUGAUCGUGAUGUGGAUGACCUAAAAGGUUGGAUGCAGGAGAAAGAGGCUGUUGUGACCAGAGAUGAUUAUGGUUAUGAUCUACUUGGAGUUCAGACCCUCCUUAGCCAACAUGAAGGAGUGGAGAGGGAACUAGUGGCCAUUGCAAAAGAGUUGGAAAGGGUUAGAGGAGAGGCCUGCCGCCUGGGCUGCCUCUACCCUCUGCCCAGGGAGAACAUGAUGAACAGACUUUCUGAGGUUGAUGAGUGCUGGGAAAAACUGGACAAGAAGUGUGUGGAAAGAAAGCUGAAAUUGCAGCAGGCUGAACAAGUCCAAAUCUACUUCAAUGACUGCAGAGAGUUGACAGCCUGGGCAAGAAAGAUGCAUUCCCUGAUUGUUUCAGAGGAGGUAGCAAAUGAUCUUCUGGGAGCUGAAUUGCUUAUUGAACGCCACAAGGAAUACAAGCUUGACAUAGACAAACAAUGGUUGAAAUAUGAAGAUUUGGAGCAAAUUGGAAAUAAUCUGGUGAAGGACGGGCAUUUUAUGUGCAUGGAAAUCAAAGAGAAACUCUCUGAAUUAUUGGAGCUAAUGCAAAAAGUGAGGGAAAUCUGGAAUAUGAAGAAAGACUUGUAUGAGGAAAACUGGGAGAUUCAGCUAUUAAAAAGGGAGCUGGACUUUGCUGAAACCUGGUUGACAGCUAAGGAGAGUUUUCUUUCAGAUUCAAAUUAUGGGAAUUCUGUUUCUGAUGUUAAACAUCUGUUGAAGAAGCAUCAAGAUUUUGAAAAAAUGCUAGAAGCCCAAGAAGAGAAGUUUGCACAGUUGAAUAGAAAGACAAAGAGAGAAUUGAAGCUACUGAGACAAGUGACUAUAGAAGAAAAUGAGCAAAUGACAAAAUUGAUCAAAGUCCCCUCACUAAGAAGGCGACAUUCAGAUAGAAGAACCACAAUGCUUGAGCCAAAGAAAACUCAGCAAUUACCACUUAGGUCCUCAAUUUCCAACUUAAGAAAACCCCUCAGUGUCUCUCCUACCCAAAACUCCAAAGAGAGUUUGCACCAAAUCAGUUCUGAAGAAGACUUGAUCUUGAUAAAUGAUUCUCCUGAACCAAGAGUGCUUGGCUUAGAAAAUUCCAUGCCAGAAAUGGAGAAUUCUUUAUGUCCUUCAUUGACUUCAGACUUGAAUAUCCAGCAAGCUGAUGUUGAGGUUUUAGAGUCACACACUCGUGAUUUUAAUCCGUCAGAUGUGAAAAACAGUUGCGAAACUUCUAGCUCUGAGUUAGAAACUAGUGAAAUGAAAACUCUGGAUGGUCAAGGAUCCCCUGAUGAUUGCCAAGGUUUUCUGCGCUCAGAUUUAGCACCAGAAGGAUCAGAAGCUGCUUCCCAAAUUUCUGCAAAUCAAUACAUUAUGGCAGGUUUUCUAGAAAAGAGAGACCAGGUCCUUUCAAGAAAAAAAGAGCCAAAGACAAGAGCUUGGAACACUUUUUAUGUUCAGCUUCAAAGACAUAAACUUGACUUCUAUAAUGAUGAGAAGGAAGUGAUUCAGAAAAUACUUCCAGACUUAUCACUUAGCAUAGCUGGAGCCAGGUGUGAGAGGCUAAUGAACUAUCCCAGGAAACAAUAUGCUUUCAGCUUAAGAACAAGUGAUGGAGCAGAAUACUACCUUGCAGCAUCUUCUGAGAAGUUAAUGGAGGAUUGGAUGCAAGCCUUAUGGAGUAAUUUAGAUCAUAACAGCAAUCAGAAGGCAGUUUUAAUCAAUGUAAAUGUGGUGAAACCUCAGAUAAAACCUUGGAUUUCUGCAGCUGGAACUUCUACACAUAAACAGACUAACAAAGAUUUCCUUCUGAGGAGAACUCCUUCCUUCAAAGCUAAUCGAGAAGAAAGGCUCUCUGGAAGUUCUGUUAAAUCAGAAAUAUCAAAGCAAAAUUACAAAACUCUUGCUCCGAAUUCUAAAGAACCUGGCAGCGGAACUGAGCCCAUGGUGAACACAACAAAGUAUGUAGACAAUCCUGAUGCUGCAGAGAGAUCUGGAACACAAACAGAUGUCAAGAAACAUAAGGGGAUUUUUAAGCAUCUUUUCAGGAAGAAAUAGAAGCAAUACAGUUUGCUUGAAUUUCCUAGAGAUGCUAGGUUCUUCAGUCCAUUGAACCCUAUUGCCUUUACGAUUAAUUUAAGAGGUAUGGCUGAAAAAGAAAUGUGCACAUUAUCUAUUGAAUAAGCAUCCUCCACCAAAUGUACAUUCAUAUCCCUCCAAUAUUUCUGCCAGAAAUUAUAAACAAUUAUCACGUAAAUUAUGUAGCACCAGGUAUUUAUAAUUGCAUGCAUCUGAAAGCCAUGAAAGUUUGGAGUUAAUAUUGGACAAUUGUGAGUAUAUCAGUGCUGUUACCCUCCUUAACAUCUAUAGGAGAUUAAAAAGAGGGAAAUAAGAAGUAGGAUUUCUAUUUAAUGAAAAACUUUGGUUGUAUGAAAAAAUGCACUACAGGUAUCUCUGAGCAAAUAUUUCUUCUAUGCAGAUAUGAGGACUAGAGAAGCGUCAUAACCUUGACAGGACAGCUUCUAAUAUUGGGAAAGUCCUGAUUAUUGAUUUAUAAAAGGAUACAUCCAAUCGUCAUUAGGUAAAAUUAAUUAAAUCUAUAUCAAGUAAUAAAAACAAUUCUGCCCAUCAUUUUGUCUACAUUUUAAAAAACAAUACUUGAAAAAUUGAAGUAGGUGACACACCAGCACAAGAAAUAAAUUAGUAUGUAUUUUCAAAGUUUGAAAACUGUUUUCUAAAGAAAAGAUAUAGUAUAAAAACCAGAUUUUAUUCAGGUCUUUCCUUAAAUUAAUAAAUAUAUUCAUGCAUUUCUCAAACAAAUCCAGAAAGACACAAGGAGUUUAAUGUAUUUAUUUUAUUAUGAAGUAGUAAUCGCUGUGUACCGCUACAUACAUUUUUGGUUUCUUUUCCCCCACAGUAAUAGCAUACAGAAGCCUCUGGUAAAGAGAAUUUUUGAAGAAUAGUAGCAUUUUCUCAGAUUAAUCUCAAAAAACUAUUUUUUUCAUUCUACAAUGGAUAAAUGAGUAUAUCUUUUUCAAAAAAAGGUUAUCAGCAGGUGUCAUGGGAGAGGGUUCAAUAAAUUAAAUCACAGAAAAUAGCAAACCAAUAGCUGUUGGGCAAUAGCUACCAAGAAUUAAGCUUCCAUAGUUGAGUUUUAAUCAGAUCUUCAUGAUAAAAAGAUUGUCCUUCAUUUAUCAUUAUUCCAACCUGAGAUAACAUUUGAGAUUUCAGCAUUGUCAUUAGAUAUUAAAAGAAUAAAUAUCUUCAAGAAGCAAUUAUAUAGAAAACCGUACAGAAAUAUAUUAAAUAAAUGUCUCAAAGCACAGAUACUUUCAAUAAAUUAAGAUAAUAAACUAAGCUAUAGGCUCAUGUUUAAAAGCAUAUAAUUAGAAUUUGAUUCAGUAUCUGUUGAAUUACACCAAUGUGGUUUUAGAAUUUCAAACAAAUUAAUACCAGUGGUUAAUCCUUACAUUGCCUUUCAUUUUUUUAAUUUCUGAGUUUUAAUUCAGAAAUAAGUCGUAUGAAGUUUACUGAACUUAUUCCCAGAUAGACGCUGGACAGUACCUGCUUUAGUUUGUCAAAUGGUAUAAUAAAACAAAACAAUAGCUACAA